AUGGUGGAGGGAAAACAUAGAGUAGAUUGCGAAUUUCUUUAUGGAGACCAAUCUAUGGAGUCUGAUAUCAUGCGGUGCAACAAGCGGAUCCUUGAUAAUUUAGUGGACGGCGGAGGAAUGGAAAAAGGGGGCCAAAAAAGUUUCAUUAUGAUUAUUGGGACCUUCAACAUUAGAGGUGGGGGCAGCUAUGUCAAGAGGAGGCAUAUUUUGCACAGUAUCGAUAAAGGUAAGGCUGAUAUAUUUCUAAUUCAAGAGACAAAGCUUUCGUCGGUGUUUCAUUAUGUGGUUAAUAGUUUCUGGCACAAAGAAUUGAUUUAUUAUUCGGUUUCCGACUCUGUUGGUUUAUCUGGGGGCAUGUUAAUUUUGUGGAAAAGGAACAAGUUUGAUGUUUUAUGCAGUUUUAGGGGUUUGGGGUAUUUGGGUGUCAAAAUUUCCUGGAAAAGUAAUCUGUAUUAUAUUAUUAAUGUUUAUUCCGACUGUUCGAGAGAGGAUAAAAGGUUGUUAUGGAAUAGUUUUCUUGAAUUAAAAUCGGUUUUUAAUGACGGGGAGUGGGUGAUUCGGGGUGAUUUUAAUGCCGUUAAAAACAGAAGAGAUAGAGUGGGAAGAUCUGAGUGUAUAGGAACAACACAGUGCAGGGAUUUCAGUGCAUUCAUUGAUGACAUGAAUCUUGUGGGCGUGGUGGGGCAGAGAAUUGAUGAGAGAGACGUUUCGGAUCAUUGUCCCGUAUGGUUGGUAGCGGGCAUGGAGGAUCGGGGACCAAAGCCAUUCAAAUUCAAGAAUGAAUGUUUUGGAAGUAAGGAGUUCAUGACCUUUGUGGAGAAAGAGUGGGCUGUUCUCGAGGUAUCGGGGAGAGGCGACUUUGUGUUGAAGGAAAAAUUACGAUUGUUGAAAGCAACUCUUAGAAGAUGGAAUCUUAAUGUUUUCGGAAAGCAUGAUCUAGAAAUUGAAAAAUAA